AAUUUUUGCUUGAGAUGCAUCCUUAUCCACCCAAGCAAAGCCCCACACACACACACAUUUAAAUCCAAAAUCGUUUCAAUUUCGUUGUACCAUAUUGGUGGAUCAAACUAAUAAUAUUAUAUUGGUUUCAGAGACAUAUAGGAGCGGAAAUGAAUCAAAUGAUACCGGAGUCGGGCGACAUUUUCCACCUUUCAGGGCCUGCCGAUCUCAAAUCCGUUGACUGGAAUAACGCAAGCCACAGGAGGUGCGUCCUGGCAAGCGUGGUUCAAGGAGUAUACGUGCUUGAAAACGACCGCCGAUUGAACCGGGCCGGACCCAAAGCUCAGGCUCUUCCCUGGUGGGAGACCUUCCGCUUUCGUCUCAUCGAAACCAUCCAAGACAGCUCCGACCAUUCUGUGUUCGGAGCCGUCUUCCAGCUCAACUCCAAACCCGGAAACUUCGCCAUCAAUUCCCCUAAAUACCUCAUCGCCUUCCGAGGAGUGAUGCUCACUUCCCCAACUCUCUCCACAGACAUCUCCUUGAGCAUCCAGUCCUACUUCGGCAUCCUCCACAACAGCCACCGGCUCAACAGUGCCGUCGGCAGAGUUCAACACUGGGUGGCCGUCGCCGGCGGUGCUCAUAAUGUCUGGCUCGCCGGUCACUCCUUAGGCUCAGCCAUAGCCUUGCUCGCGGCCAAGAACAUGGCGGCUAGGUUGGGUUGUCAUCUCACAGCCUACCUUUUCAACCCUCCCUCCUCUUCUGGUGUGUUGGAGAGGAUUAACAAGCCGAAACUGAGGACAGGAAUUCACAUGGUUUCUACUACGGUGAAAGCACUGCUCAUUGCUUAUUCACAGCGCCACGAGAAUCGCAAGGGUGAUUAUGAUGAAUUUUCUGCGCUGGCUGAUUGGCUGCCUUGUUUGUUCGUGAAUCCAAGUGACCAUGUUAGUUCGGGUUAUAUUUGGUAUUUUGAGCAGAGGAUGAAGAUGUACGAGCUGGGUGCUGCAACGGCAACACUGGAGAGGUUGGGUACACAGAAUACUAUCAAGGGCUUGCUCAUGUCUAAUAAAUGGGAUAUAGAAUCGCAGCCUCAGCAUCUGCUUCCUUCUGCUGAGUUGAUCAUCAAUCAGGCUUCGUCAACGAGUUUCACAGAGGCUCAUGGGAUUAAACAAUGGUGGAACCCUCGUCUGCCUCAUCACUCUGUGAUACACCGUUAUAAUUAAGCAAUAAUAACACCUGAGAUUCUUUUAGGUGAACUGAGAAAAGAAGUAGAGGAAGGAUAGUGACCUCAUUCCUGAAUUAAGAAGACGUAGUAUAUAAAAGUAAUUAAUCAAUUUGUGUGUGUGUGUGUGUGUGUGUAGGAUGAAAAUGAUCCUAUUCGUCCAACAAUUACAACGACUAGGCAGGGUCAAUAUAUAUGAGAAAAUGAUGCACUUGCAGUUCCUGAAGAUGACCUAGAAUAUAAUGAAUCAUUUAGCAGCAGUACAAAUCAAAUGGUAAUCGUAGUUGUAGAGAAGGAUAGAAAUGAAAGGUUUAGUCUCUUACUUGAAUGGCACCAAAAUGCGUAAGGUAGUUGUCUGAGACUGCAAUAUAAUCACUGUUGCUAU